UUUCGCCGUUUCUCUCGUCUUCCACCCACGAUCUCUCCUCUCUCCUCAAUUUCCUCCCCCACAAGAAAGAGAGGGGAAAAGGGAAAAAAGAUUUGAUCUUGACUCUCCUCGGAUGAUCAUCCCAAUUGAACCUCUCUUCAUGGAAUCCAUCUUCUUCUUUGGUGUCGGUUCCGCGAAUUAGGGUUUCUUUUUGGCUGAUUGCGGAGGAAAUCAACUCAGAUUCGCUGGUGCUUGAGCCAAAGUCUUGAUUUUUAGGGUUGUUGGGGUUGGGUUUUUGCUCCUUGGAUCUGCAGGAGGGGAGGUGGGUUCGGGAUUCGAUCACCGGAUUUCGGGUCAUUAGAUGUCUUCAGCGACGUCGUCGUACUGGUGCUAUAGGUGCAGCCGUUUCAUUAGGGUUUGGAGCCAAGAUUCGAUCACUUGCCCCAAUUGCGACGGCGGAUUCGUCGAGGAGAUCGAGAACGCGCCGCUGCCGAUCCCCAGCGAUGCUCGCCGCAGGAGAUUCCCCACCGCCGCGAUGUACAUGAUCGGGUCGAGGUCGAACCAGGAUCAAAAUCCCGGCCUGGGCCUGCGCAGGAGCCGCAGGAACGGGGGUGACCGGUCUCCGUUCAAUCCAGUCAUCGUGCUGCGCCGGCCGUCCGAUGGCGGCAAUGAUGGUGGCGAGAGGAGCAGCUAUGAAUUGUACUACGAUGAUGGUGGAGGGUCCGGGUUGAGGCCCUUGCCUGCGAGCAUAUCUGAGUUUUUGCUCGGAUCCGGCUUUGAUAGGCUGCUUGACCAGCUCUCGCAGAUCGAAAUCAAUGGUAUUGGGAGGUUUGAGCAUCCGCCAGCAUCAAAAGCGGCAAUUGAGUCUAUGCCCACAAUUGAAAUCGGUGAGGACCACGUGUCAACUGAAUUGCACUGUGCUGUUUGUAAGGAAUUGUUUGAAUUAGGGUCUGAGGCUAGAGAAAUGCCCUGCAAGCACUUAUAUCAUACUGAUUGCAUAUUGCCUUGGCUGUCAAUGCGCAAUUCGUGCCCUGUGUGCCGCCACGAGCUGCCGGCAGAUACCCCAGAAUCCCAGGAGUCGAAUAGUGGUGAAAAUGUUAGGUCGGAGGAUGAGGAGACAGUAGGUUUGACCAUAUGGAGGUUACCUGGUGGGGGAUUCGCGGUGGGACGGUUCUCUGGUGGAAGAAGAGGUGGCGAGAGGGAAUUGCCGGUUGUUUACACGGAAAUGGAUGGUGGGUUUAAUAAUGGAGGAGUGCCUAGGAGAAUUUCUUGGGCUGCAAGAGGGAGUAGAGGUAGAGAGAGUGGUGGGAUCAGGAGGAUUUUGAGGAAUCUGUUUGCUUGUUUUGGUGGACGGUCGGGAUCGUCAGUUGCUUCAAGUUCUGAGUCCAGUUUGGAUUCAACUGUGAGAGCUAGGUCGAUUUCGACCUCUAAUAUGCCCUCUUUGAGGAGGCAGAGGGCUUUAGCUAAUGCUGCAAGCAGGAGAUAGGGCAUAUUCUUUGGGCUAAGGUUCCAGUGCAGAAGGGACUGAAUAUUAGUCAGGGAAGGAUCAGUGUAAAUAGAAAGGUGAUGUGAUGUUCUCUCAAUACUUGUUCUGCUGGGUUGACAAGUUGAUCACUGGAUUGAUGAAGAGUGAAAAGCAACGUGAUGUUCUGUCGAUGCUUGUUCUUGCGGGACUUUGAGUUAUCUUCUGCAAGGAAGGAUUUAGUGGGGGAACUGCCUGGUUCUUAAUGGAUGAAGCAGUAGCCAAAAUUUUAUGAGGAUCACUGUGAAUUGCAAGAAAGGAUCUUGUUUUGUGGAGAAGAAGCAGGUCCACAAUCUCAUGUACCCCACUGACUGUUCCAAGUCGACGUGCUGGUUUAGCAGGAUUUAUGGCAAUCUCUUUUGUGUAUUUCCCUUUUCUCUAUCUGUUUAGAUAGGACGCAUUUUGUUGUAUUCGUCAGUGUUAUUUUUUUUUCCCAAAGCAAUAUGAUAACGCUUAUGCAGCUGAAGAAUGAGUAAGUUGAAUGCUUCUCUCUGCUAAA